GGACUUUGAGUGAAAAGUAGUAGCAGCAGCAGUGAUAGUAGUGACAGUGAAGAAAGUAGUGAGGAAGAAAUGGAGUUAGAGAAAGAGUUAGAGUUAAGUGAUGAUGAGUUUGAGAGUUUCCAGGAAGAAAGUUAUUUAAAAGAAGUGAAAAUGUACGAGUUAGAUGAAUAUGAAAAGAAGAAAGAUGAACAGAAAAGAAAAAUUGAUCAAGAAAAGAAGGAAUUUAUUGAAAAAGAAAGGUUGGAGAGGGAAAAACAAAAGGAGGUUGAAAGACAAUUGAAAGAUAGAGAAGAUAAUGAAAGGAAACAGAAGGAAGAAAAAGAAAGGAAGGAAAAGGAGGAAAAAGACAGGAAAGAGAAAGAAAAGAAGGAAAAUGAGGAAAAAGAAAGGAAAGAAAAAGAAAAGAAGGAAAGAGAGGAAGAAGAAAGGAAAGAAAAAGAAAAGAAGGAAAAAGAAAGGAAAGAGAAAGAAAAGAAGGAGAGAGAGGAAAAAGAAAGAAAAGAUAAGCUAGAGAAAGAAAGGAAGGAAAAAGAAAAGAAGGAAAAAGAGGAAAAAGAAAAAAAGGAAAAAGAGGAGAAAGAUAGAAAGGAAAAAGAAAGAAAGGUGCAUGAGGAAAAAGAAGAGAAGGCGAGACAGGAGAAAGAGAAGAAGGAAAAAGAGGAGUUACAGAAAAAGAAGGAAGCCGAGGAGAAACAAAUAAAUGACAAGAAAAUUAGAAAGGAAAAGGAAAAUCAGAAAUCAAAGAAUGAGGAAAAUGAAAGGAAGGAAAAAGAGGAGAGAGAGAGACAGAAAAAUCAGGAAGAAAUUAGGAGAGAAGGAGAGAAAAAGGACAAAAAUGAAAAAGAAAGUAAGAAAAAGGAGGAAAAACAAAAAGAAGGGGAAAACAAGAAUAAGAAUGAGAAAGACAAAGAAAGUAAGAAAAAGGAUGAAAAACUAAAAGAGUGUGAAAAGAAGGAUAAGAAUGAGAAAGACAAAGACAGUAAGAAAAAGGAGGAAAAACAGAAAGAAGCUAUGAAAAGGAAGACAGAUGAACAUAAGAAAUCUGAUAAAGAUAAAAUACUUAAGAACUCGUAUAGAGAAAUCGAAAUAAAAGAGGAUGAAGAGAUGAUAGACAUAGAGAAUGUCCAGGAAAUGAAAGAAAAUAGAAGAAACAGAAAGAGAAAACUAGUAUGUGAAAAGAUUGACAAAGAAUUUCUAGAAAAUGAUGGAUAUGAAUAUGAAAUUAUAACAAUUAUCAAGAAAUAUAAAAUAGAAAACAGAUGUUAAAGGAAAACUGAUGUGAUAACUAAUACAGAAAACAGAUUGUUGGAGAUCAAGAUGACUAAAGGAUUAACGUAACAUUAACAU